UGGUUUAUUGCCGGUCCGCCCCUCUGCGUGGAGGCUCAGCUAGCAGCGCCAUGUACCGCACCGUGAGGAACUUCCAACGCUUCAACAGCAGCCUCUCAGCUCUGCAGCGCUGCACUGCCGUCAGGACCCUCGGCCCGGCUCCACACUCGCCUCUCCGGAUGGCAAGUUCAGAAUCGUACAGGAUUGAAAGGGACACUUUUGGAGAGCUGAAAGUGCCAAGUGAUAAAUACUAUGGAGCCCAGACUGUCCGGUCCACCAUGAACUUCAAAAUCGGAGGGGUGACUGAGAGGAUGCCGAUCCAGGUUAUUAGGGCUUUUGGCAUUCUGAAAAGAGCAGCAGCUGAGGUGAAUAAGGACUAUGGCCUGGACCCGAAGAUUGCUGGCGCCAUUGUACAGGCUGCAGAGGAGGUGACAGCUGGAAAACUGGAUGACCACUUUCCUCUGGUGGUGUGGCAAACAGGCUCCGGUACUCAGACCAACAUGAACGUCAAUGAGGUCAUCAGCAACAGAGCCAUUGAAAUACUUGGCGGCAAACUGGGCAGCAAAGACCCUGUCCAUCCCAACGACCACGUCAACAAGAGCCAGAGUUCAAACGACACCUUCCCCACCGCCAUGCACAUUGCUGCAGCUAAAGAAGUACAUGAGGUUUUGCUGCCCGGCCUGCAGGAGCUUCACGAUGCCCUCGCUGCCAAGGCUGAAGAGUUUAAGGACAUCAUCAAAAUCGGCCGCACGCACACCCAGGAUGCUGUGCCUCUGUCCCUCGGACAGGAGUUUGGAGGUUAUGUGCAGCAGGUGAAGUACAGUAUUGAAAGGGUGAAAGCAGCGAUGCCCAGAGUGUAUGAGCUGGCAGCAGGGGGCACUGCAGUCGGCACAGGACUCAACACGCGCAUUGGCUUUGCUGAGAAAGUGGCCGACAGAGUCUCAGCACUCACAGGCCUGCCGUUUGUAACAGCUGUGAAUAAGUUUGAGGCUCUGGCGGCGCACGAUGCUCUGGUGGAACUGAGCGGCGCUUUGAACACUGUGGCCGUCAGCAUGAUGAAGAUUGCGAACGAUAUCCGUUUCCUAGGCUCAGGCCCACGCUCCGGCCUGGGAGAACUCAUCCUCCCGGAGAACGAGCCGGGGUCCAGCAUCAUGCCUGGUAAAGUGAACCCCACUCAGUGCGAGGCUAUGACCAUGGUGGCUGCUCAGGUGAUGGGGAACCACGUAGCCGUUACAGUGGGAGGCAGCAACGGACACUUUGAACUCAACGUCUUCAAGCCAAUGAUUAUUAAAAAUGUGCUGAACUCCGCCCGGUUGCUAGGCGAUGCCUCAGUUUCCUUCACUAAAAACUGCGUGGUGGGAAUUGAAGCCAACACGGAACGAAUCAACAAGCUGAUGAACGAGUCUCUGAUGCUCGUCACCGCGCUCAACCCUCACAUAGGUUAUGACAAAGCUGCUACUAUUGCCAAGACUGCACACAAAGAAGGCUCAACGUUAAAAGCCACUGCCAUUAAACUGGGCUACCUGACCGAGGAGCAGUUCGACCAAUGGGUUCGUCCCCAGGACAUGCUCGGCCCCAAGUAAAUUAUUACCGUUAGAAACUGUGGAAAAGCUUAAAUGAGUGUCAUCUUUGUACAAUAAAGCACUUUUUUUGUUGAAA